CUCCAGUAGGUGAUCAGAUUGUGGGGGUAGAACCCUCAUGGUAGGUUGAGAGCCCUUUUGAAAGAGACCCCAGAGAGGUCCCUUACCCCUUCCUUGAUUUGAGGGCACAGGGAGAAGACUGCUGGUCUGUGAACCAGGGAGCCAUCUCGCACCAGACGCUGAAUCCACCUGCACCAUGAUCUUGGACUUCUGAGCCUCCAGAACUACUCACCAGAAACCCACUGUCAAAACUCUCUCUCUGACACCUGCGGCGGACAUCUGGUCACUGGGGAGCCCAGGUUCUAAUUUACAUCCCUGCACACACAUCCCGAGGAGCUCAUCCCAGCUGGAGCAGAUGGACCUGUGAAGAGCUGUCCCCUGCGGGCUGGCUUCAGGGCAUCAUGUGACCAGCUGUUCAGGGGCACCCCGGCCUGGAGCCAGGCACACUGGAGACUUGGAUCUAGCAACAGGCAGCGGCGGAGUCCUGUGCAGCCAUGUCGGUGGUGGAAGAGAGCCGGCCGUUUGCCCAGCAGCUCUCCAACGUCUACUUCACCAUCCUGUCCCUUUUCUGUUUCAAGCUUUUUGUGAAGAUCAGCCUCGCCAUCCUCAGUCACUUCUACAUAGUGAAAGGCAACCGCAAGGAGGCCGCCCGGAUAGCCGCGGAGUUCUACGGAGUAACCCAAGGACAAGGUUCCUGGGCAGAUCGGUCACCACUCCAUGAAGCAGCAAGUCAAGGUCGUCUUCUCGCUCUGAGAACAUUAUUAUCACAGGGUUACAAUGUAAACGCAGUCACCAUAGACCACGUCACCCCGCUGCACGAAGCCUGCCUCGGCGAUCAUGAGGCCUGUGCCAGGACGCUUCUGGAAGCCGGAGCUAACGUAAACGCGAUCACCAUAGAUGGCGUGACUCCGUUAUUCAACGCCUGCUCGCAAGGCAGCACGAGCUGCACGGAGCUGCUCUUGGAAUACGGCGCCAAGCCGCAGCUGGAGUCCUGCCUGCCUUCCCCGACGCACGAGGCCGCCAGCAAAGGUCACCACGAAUGCCUAGAAAUCCUGAUCUCCUGGGGCGUAGACGUCGACCAAGACAUUCCUCACUUGGGGACCCCUCUCUACGUGGCUUCUAUGUCCCAGCAGUUCCACUGCGUCCAGAAGCUUCUCUACGCUGGCGCUGACGUACAAAAAGGCAAAUACUGGGAUACCCCGCUACACGCCGCUGCUCAGCAGCCCUGUACGGAAGUUGUAAACUUGCUGCUAGAAUUCGGAGCGGAUAUCAACGCCAAAAACACAGAGCUUCUGCGACCCGUCGACGUAGCGACCUCCAGCAGUCUGGUGGAAAGACUGUUGCUUCAACAUGAAGCCACCCCCAGCCCUCUGUGCCAGCUGUGCCGACUCUGCAUCAGAAACUGCCUAGGAAGGUCCAGGUUGCACCUUAUCCCACAGCUCCAGCUGCCGACCUUGCUGCAGAAUUUCCUACAGUAUCGAUAAGGCAGUAAAAUAAUUCUAAGUAUUUGAAAAUCAAAAAUUUCUGUCAUCUGUGUAGUGUACAUUUCAUAUUAAAAUAUGCUACAGCUAGGGUAAAGUGAAACAAGCAGCCCCAGGCAAGGAGCGACACAGCAGCCUGCGUUACCGUGUGCCAGUGUGCGCUGUUACUUCAUGCGUUUGCACUGGUUUGGACUAUAAUAUUUAAUACAUCUACGUAUUAUUAGCUGCUCCCUUAUAUCCAUUUGUCAAUUUAGAAAAAAAUGAGAAAUUCUCCAUUUCAUUUUUUUUAGAGUGAAACAGAAAAAUGUGAACCUCUACUAAAAGUAUUUAUAUAUUGUAUUUCUAAAGGCCUAUAUUCUUCAAAUAAUGUGUUAACAUUUAAGUUUUGGCAACUAUAAUUGUUUAUCUCUGUAUUUUGAUAUUAAUACAAAGUAGAGUAUGGUUUAGAAGAGAGACAUAACCUUUUUGAAAUAAAGAUGACCCUCAUUCAGGAACCCACCAUGUCCAAUGUGCACCUGUCAUUAUAACGAUCAGUUCAGUAAAGAAAAGGUGGGUUGCCCCAAAGACCCCACUGGUCAUAUCGGCGCCUUAAGUGGACCUAUUUCCAGAACUGGUAGGACUCGGAGUUACCGCUGCUGCGCCCUCAGCUGGGGGGUCUGGAGCAUGACACCCCUGCUCGGGCUGUCUGAAGACCCUUCCUCCUCAGGGCCGCCUCUCAAGUCUCAAGUCCUGCUUUUACACGUCUCACUCCAGGCUUCCUCCACUUGGGAAACUGCUGAUACCUGGGCCGAGGAACGUGAACUUCAUGUCUAAUGGGUGAAGACACCCGGGGUCACACCGCAGGGCUCAGCGCAGUCCGAGGCUGUCAAAAGCGCAAGAUAAAAACGCCUUAAAUUGUGAGGUUUCCAAAGAAAAGGAAAAGGGAGUGCCACUUAGCAACUGUAGAACCCUUAGAAAUUUUACUUGUUUGUAGACCUUCAUGGCGGUGUCUCGAAUCCUCCAUCCGCAAUCAUGGGUCUGGGGGAGGCGGUCCGAGGGAGCGCUGGAGGCCGGAGGACGCUGGCGCGCGGCGUCCUCUGCCGGGGCGAGCGCUGCGUGCUCUCGCCUGCUUCACUGUGCUUGAGUGCAACGUAAAGCACCAUUUUUGAAAAGUUACACCUGCUCUGUAAUUUAGACUAGACUUGUGUCUUUUAUGGAUUUAGAAAUAAGAUAAUCAAGGUAACACUAUAAAGGAGAAGGAAAUAUUUUGAUGAGUUUUUUAAAUUUAUCAAAUUUUCAUAAAACAGUUUGACCACUUUUGAUAAACCGGGGGCCUGUUUUCCUUCUUAGCUCUUGGCUGACUUUCAGAGACAUGUGGGGAAUAAACUAUUAUUGUACACAACCUCCAUGUCACUAAGAUUGCAUUAAAAACCAUUUGUUUAGAUUUUUAAAAGUAGAAAUAAGGCUGUAGUGCGUUUGUUUAAGAAAUGGCUUCUAUGUGGUGGAGGCUUUUAAGCGAGCCUGUUUUACUAAAUAAUUUCAGCCUAGCAAAUUUAUAAUAUCCUCAGAAUAGUGUACAUCUCAACUCUUUUUAUUAUAGAAUAAACCUAUUGAAUAUAAUCAGGUAUUAAAACUGCAUUUAGUAAAACAGCUCUCUACUAAUCCUUCCCCUGAGUCAGAGGCGGUCUCGGAGUUUAAGAGUGAUACAGCACAUCCUUCUUCAUUGGUCUUGGGCCAACAAAAGAAGUAAAUACCAAAUAUUAAAGUAAGGAUAGACGCUUAAAAAUUUCAGUAUGCUGGUACCUUGUAUCUUAGUUUGAGUAUAGCUGUCUUAUCAAAGAAGUGUUCCAAGUAAGUGUAUGUUUGUUAAUAUAUUGAAGUGUGAUAUUUAUUCCCUGGAAUAAAACACUUUUUUCCUGUUCUAA